CUACCGAGCAUGCGCAAGCGCACGCAGUCCGGCUCGACCAAUCGGCGGCCACGCUGGACGUCGGGGCGGGGCUUCCGCCGGCACAUGCGCACGGCCGGGGCGGGCCUUCUUCCUUCUCGCUGAACGCCGCCGACAUGGUGUUCCGGCGCUUCGUGGAGGUUGGCCGGGUGGCCUACGUCUCCUUUGGGCCUCAUGCUGGGAAGCUGGUCGCGAUUGUGGACGUGAUCGAUCAGAACAGGGCUUUAGUGGAUGGACCUUGCACGCGGGUGAGGAGACAGGCCAUGCCUUUCAAGUGCAUGCAGCUCACUGACUUCAUCCUCAAGUUCCCACACAGUGCCCGCCAGAAGUAUGUGCGGAAAGCUUGGGAGAAGGCAGAUAUCAAUACAAAAUGGGCAGCCACGAGAUGGGCCAAGAAGAUUGAUGCCAGAGAAAGGAAAGCCAAGAUGACAGAUUUUGAUCGUUUCAAAGUCAUGAAGGCAAAGAAAAUGAGGAACAGGAUAAUCAAGACUGAGGUCAAGAAACUUCAAAGAGCUGCUAUCCUGAAAGCUUCCCCCAAAAAAGCCCCUGUUGCUAAGGCUGCCAUUGCAGCAGCGGCAGCUGCAGCAGCUGCUGCUAAAGCUAAGGUGCCAGCCAAGAAGGCGACAGGACCAGGCAAGAAGGCGCCAGCCCAGAAGGCUACAGGCCAGAAGGCAGCCGCUCCUGCUAAAGGUCAGAAGGGUCAGAAAGCCCCAGCCCAGAAAGCACCUGCUUCAAAGUCAGCUGGAAAGAAAGCAUGAGGCUGUACAAAGGAAUAAACGUUCUUUUUUGACGUGUUGGCAAAUCUCGUGUGUGAACUCACAGUUGUCACCGAGUGGGCAUUAGAAAAGGAUGGAUGGUAUUGUGACAGGAUCAUUUAAUUAAACUCAUACCCAGGCCUUAACAUACAACCACAGUCAAACUGGAUCUGUAUAUGCAGGUACAACAAUUCGAACCCUGUCCCUUGUACAAAUAAAUGUAUUUCCCACAAAUAGGUGGGAUUUCAUCA